CAACACACACACUCACACUACCAACCUCGCGGCGGGCACAUCUACGAGAGCUUCAGACAGCGCGUCUUUUCCCCGAAGCCGACGAGAGGCAACUGCUCGCUCGCGUGUGCGCGGCCGUCAACUGUCUCAGCUGUGCGCGCGGGUGUCAUGAGGGGCAGAGGGCUCCUGCAGGUGCUGGUGGCGGCCGCAGUGCUCGGACUGGGGGCGGUACGGGGGGCGGGGAGUGCGGGUCCGCGCGUCACCAGGACCAGCUCCGUGCCGCAGGCGGGGUACGCGGUGCCGCCCCCGGCGCCGGUGGCGGCGGCGGCCAGGCCCGCCAGCAACACGAGCGCCGCCAGGAACUCGUCCCAGGGCCUUCCCGCCAACUCCAGGUCCAACAUCAGGAACAGGGAGCAGUACCUGUUCAACGUGUUCGAGGUGAUCGUGUCGACGCUGGAGUCGAAGUUGCAGAGGAUCGACAACCUGGACAAGGCGGUGGAGCACCUGAUGCGGCGCGUCGAGACGCUCGACUCGCGCGUCGCCGACAACAUCGGCAAGACGGACGCCGUCAUCGACCAGCUGCAGAGCAUCGACCUGAAGCUGUUCCGCCAGGAAGAACCGCUGGCGGACAGCGCGGCGGCGGGCUCGGCGCCGCUCGACAACAGCCUGGACAUGCGGCUCGUGUCGCUCGACCAGAAGGUCACGGACAUCGACUCCAAGCUGGCCGGCCUCAAGAACCAGCUGGACACCAACUUCCUGCCCGCGGACGACAUCAACGCCGAGGCGAGCGAGAAGAAGCCCAUCAGCAUGAGCGCGGUGGACAUCGCGAAGGUGCUGAACGCCGAGCUGAUGAGCCGCGUGUCCAGCGAGCUGGACGGCCUGCGCUCCGCGACGGGCAGCGUGGACAGGAAGCUGCAGUUCCACACGAGCCUGGUGACCGAGAGCCUCGGCAAGGUGCUGAGCCUGGUGUCGGAGGUGCACGAGGCGGUGGUGGAGCAGGACACGGACACCACGGUGCCGCAGCCCUUCAGGAACAGGAGCUCCUCGACGACGACGACGACCCCUCUGCCGCCGACCCGGUCGCCCUCCAGCAAGCUGGACAAGCUGGUGCAGAAGAUGCACCCCAUCCUGAGCGUGUCGGAGAAGAUGGACGAGGUGUGGGACGUGGUGGUGGGCACCAAGAGCUCCGUCGACGACCUGGUGCCCAAGUCGGACGAGCUGCUGACGCAGACGCAGCGGCAGGAACGCGCGAUCAGCGACGUGCACGCGGACCUGCGCGCCAAGGCGAACAAGAUCAUCGCCAACCUGGACCUGGUGGAGCGCCGCCUCAAGAAACAGCAGGACGAGGAGGCGGUGGUCGCGAUGGCGCAGCGGCCGGUGCCCGCGGAGCUGCUGCUCGACCCCACCAUCGACCGACUCGUCGAGUUCGACGUGAACGCGAGGUUCCCCGAGGACGAGGCGGCGACGGCCACGGAGGCGACGCCGCCGCCCGUCACGCUCUUCACGACGCCAGGCAACACGGCGCCGCCCAGCAGUAGCACCGCCGCCGGCGCGGCGUCGGGCCGCUCCACGCCCCGCAACAGGAACGUCAUCUUCCCCAGCGUGAAGAACAAGCCGUCUCUCGCCAACACCACCUUCACCACGGACAUCAUCGCCACCAUCAAGGAUGUCAAAGGCUACUCGUGCGUGGAUCUCCUGAACGCCGGCAUGAAGGACUCCGGGGUGUACUACCUGCAGAUCCGAGGGACGACGUACUGGUUCCUCAAGGUCUACUGCGAGCAGGAGAUCGCCGACGGCGGGUGGACGGUGAUCCAGAGGAGGGACGACUUCGGCGAGCCGCGAGAGAACUUCAACAGGGACUGGGCGGACUACAAGAACGGCUUCGGAAACCCCGCCAAGGAGUUCUGGCUGGGCAACGAGAACAUCUACAUGCUGACCAACAACGAGGACUACAUGCUCAGGAUAGAGCUGGAGGACUUCGAAGGCAACAAGAGGUACGCACAGUACACGCACUUCAAAAUCUACUCGGAGGCGGAGUACUACAAGCUGGAGAUCGACGGCUACGAGGGCAACGCCGGCGAUUCCCUCAACGACCCGUGGUACGGCAGCAACAACAGCCCGUUCUCCACGUACAACAGGGACAACGACCGGUCGAGCCUCAACUGUGCGUCCAUGCUGAAGGGCGGCUGGUGGUGGAAAUCCUGCGGCCGAGGGCUCAAUGGGCUCUAUCUCAAUGACCCGCAGGACCUCACGGCCAGGCAAGGUAUCGUCUGGUUCCGCUGGCGAGGAUGGGACUACACCCUGAAGAAGUCCGUUAUGAUGAUAAAGCCGAGGGGCCUCAUCGCAACAGCCGCAUAGAGUAUAUGCCUCCCCACACCCCUUACCACCUAUUUAUCUUCAGCCCGCGACUUAAAUUAAGAAACCGAAAUGAUAUUUCCUCCCCGCGAACGUAACACGACGUGCAAAAUGUAUAUUCCUCCUCCCCUCGCUCUUUCUCCUCACACAACCCACCGUUUGCAUUCCACGUGCGAAAAUAAAGUCUGCAAAUAGAUGUGUGGGAAGCAAAACUCGUAAAAUGACAUUUGUUCGUAAAGCAUGGACCUGAAGGAAACUAAGGCCCUGUUGAUUACUAAGAGGCUUAUGGGACAAGAGAUGCAAUCUAUACCCUAGCAUUUGGGUUUGCAAUAAUAACAAUGUUAUUUAUUGCAAUCCUCUUACUACGUUAAACUUAACAUAGAUUUAUAUGUGUACUAACAGUGUACAAAGUGUGUCUGAUUUAUAAGUUUAAAAAAGUCAAUGAAAAUCUACAAAUUUGCCAAAAGAGUUACAAAAAUAUAAAAACAAACCGUAAAGUGCAUUAAGUGAAACGGUAACUUAAUAGCGUUGUGGUUUACAGGGUUCGUAAAGGAUAGCCCAAUUAAUAGAUUUUACUACUCUCUACACAGUUUUAUUGAUGGCCACUACUUAUGUCACUUAUAAUUAAUCUUAUAAAAUUGCCAAAUAAUCAAUUGCACUUAAAAAUGUCACUCGUUUCUUACAAUCCGCACACCUCGCUAGGCCGCACCUCUGGCGCAACUCUCGCCGCAGCGCCCCUCGUGGAUCUCAGCCGCAGGACUCCAUCGCCGCACUCCGCCGCCGCCGACGCACCUGCCUUCGCUGAGAUCCCACUCAACUCCUCGCUCAGAACUUCGCUUGGAACUCCACCGCGCCCACGACACUAUAACUCGGAACUGAACUCUUCGCCCUGGAACCUUUGUCCAGGGACUUCGCUGCUCUGCCUCACCCGCGGCACUAUCGUCCUGGAAGCUCCGCCGCGGGAAGUCUCCCGCCUGAACUCUCUCUCUGAACUCUACUGCUGAGGCCGACGUCCUCUUUUUAUAUAUCAGCCGCCAUUUCUGGAAUUCACGAGCGCGGCUGGGGCCAGUCGCGUCAUUCCGCGCCGACACGACGGUAGAAAUCUCUCGAAACACGUGUCGGCGGCUCGCGUAACUCCGUAGCUGUCAGGUUUCGGAUGUCAAACUAACAGCGCCGCGCGGGGAACUGAGGUCUGGAGGGAGGGGAAGCGGCGACCCAGGUGCGCACUGCACAUCUCAUGUUGCGGCGGCAUGUGAUGCAGCCCAGCUAGCUUUACACCUGCGCGUGACGUGGCCUUGCUCACGUUCGUAACAAUAGGAUACCUAAAUUGUAAGGCUUCACAAAAAAAAAACUGGAAAUAACUGAACACUUGAUUUGUUAAACCUCUUAGUGUUUGCAGAGAACAAAUAUUUUAAAAAUAUAAUUGAUAUGAUUAAAAUAUACUACACAGUUUCUAAAUUUGACACAGAACACUCAGAGACAUACAGUAGCAUUUGGCUUUCUUUAAAUGUUUAGUUACAAUUCAUUAAUUUGUUUUGCACUGAAAAUAAUAGCUACCAUAUUUUACAAUAAAUUUAACGAAAUAACAUUCUGGAACAGUAAACUACCUCUUUACCAUGCAGUAAAACAUGCACAAAUGAACUCAAAUUAAUUUAUGCAAAUACUUGUAUAUCUGCCAAAACAAUUUUAAAUACAGACUGAUGCACAAAAUUUAUUGCUAAAGAUUCUAGUAUUUGGUGAAAGAGUUAAGUUCACAAAAAUAAUAAAUGAUUUAAAGGUAAUUUUUAUCCACUUAAAAAUGCUUCCAAUCAGGUAUCAAUUGCAUGACCAAGAUACAUAUUUGUAGAAAUAAUACCAUCUUAACACUAAUUAUAUGUUGUUGCAUAUAAUAAAACAAUAAAAAAUUAAUUAAAAUUACAAAAGUCUUUCUUCUUCAACACUUUGUACACUGUUUCUUUCUUUUCACACUUAAGUAAUGUAGUAAUUUAAAAAAAUAUAUCAUUGUUUAGGUAAUUGUUUAUUGGAUAAAUUUCAAUCAUCAUCUACUUGCCAAAAAUCAUUUAGUUUUGAACUCUCUUAAAAAAUCAUGAAUUUUAUUUCUUGUGUGUAUUUAUUUGUUUUGAGGAAACAAAAAAUUGCGUGAAUAAAAUUAAAACAUAUGUUUUAUGCUCAAUGUUAAGAAAUUGUGCAAUUAAAAAUAUAUAAUACAUACUUGUAUUUUAUAAUGUAAAAUUGCAGCACAGGUGACAUGUUUUUCCAAAAUUAAAUUCUUUAAAUGGCUUCUGUGUAAACAUUUUCAAAUUAAUGACGCAUCAAAAGCUGUCCAUAAACAUGUGUUAGAAAAAAAGUACAUUGAGUUUAGUUUGUAGGACCACCCGAAAUAUUUAACCUAAUUAAUAAUUAUGUUGACAAAUCUUUUCCAAUCUUAUCUUGUUUUUGUAUCAAUAUAUCUAUGCAAGAUGUUUACAUGGACUGAACAGUGACUGAAGUUAAAAAUCUCAGAAAUUGUAGUAUUAUACUAUGCAUUAUCAUUGAUUUAGUGUCAGAAAUAUAUUAUUUUAUGUUAUAGUUUUAAAAAAUUUAACUUCAAUAAAAUGAAAUAUUCACCGUAUUCCUUGCAAGAGAAGCCGAUCAUAUGGAAAAUUAAAAAUGUGUUUGCAAAACGUUAUGAUAGGAAAAAAAGAACAAUGCUUUUUAAUUUGUAUGUAUGGCACUACCUCUUAGGAAAUUUUUGAUAUUGAUUGAUUAACUUUAAAAUCAUCAAUCCUGCAGAAUUUUUUUUAUAAAGAUUGAAAUUAGGUAAGGGUGCUCAUAUUCCAGUGAAAGUAAUCACAUGAUAUUGUUGUAUUUUUUUUUUCCUUUCUACAGAGAGAUUUAUGGUUGUUGUAUAUAUUUGUGUAAGUUGUGUAAAAUAUAACUAUGUUUUUUAAUUA